AUGCAAUCGGACAUACAGGUCUUUGUGAAGUGGAAAGACCAGACUAUAUUCGCAGGUGAAGAUGUGGAAUGUAUAAUCACCUUCAAGAACGUGGCAGAGACAGAUGUGGAGACAAACAAUGGAGGGCAGGUUUCCCAUCAGCGAAAGCAGUCUCGCGCUGGCAAUGCGCAGGCCUCUAACCCCGACUCCUACUUCUCAUUGAAAGCUCCUCAAACUUCAUUGUUUAGUCCUCACCGCCGCUCCUUUCCUGUUGCGCCCAGGAAGGGUUCUACACAUCGAAUAUCCUCGUCGUUGACCUCCCCGUUGAUCGGCUCGCACAGCUUUCCUCCUCCCACUCCGCGAAAUAACCAAAACUCCGGGCACCAGCACAAGCGCUCCGUGUCUAUACUGUCAAUUGAAAGUGAAGGAACUGGGGAUAAAACCUCGAGGUCGUCGUUCCAGUUCAAUCGUUCCCGGCCGGGGAAGGGUCAUGGUCGUUCUGCCAGCUUGCAAGUCGUACCCAGAAGGUAUGAGGGGUAUGAAGAUAGCUUCGCAAAAGCUGGGCGAAACACCGUCCGUGGCAUUUCCGAGGCUGGCACCAACCAAUUCCCGGGUAAUCUGAGGCCAGACCUGGAAGGACCCAGAGUCAGUCGCUCCGGAUCCAACGGGCAGAGACCCAUUCAGCAUUCAGGAUCACCGCGUACACCUGGACGCAGGCCUCAACUGCCGCCUAUGGAUUUCAAAUUCCCGCCUGCUCCCACAUCCGAUCCUAGCAAUCGCCCUGCCCUUUCUCCUGCGGCAACAUCCAUUGAUGAGAAUCCCGGCUCCGUGUCGACGGGACUAUCAAGUGGGAAAGAAAGCCCAGCAAUACCUCCACUUGGUCACCUACCCCAGCUUACACGAAUAAUCUCGACAUCCAGCCCGAGUGGAAGUCACAGGAGUAGCGGCGAGUUCUACUCUGCUAGCGACAACUCCUCAGAGACACUUCAAUCCGAAUACACGAAUUACUCUGCAAAUACCCGACGCCCGAGUGGUCCUCGUCACGCGCGUCAUUUCUCGAGUGUGGAUACGGGACCGAAACGACCCAACGGCCAAACUCUCCUCAUGGGCUAUGCCCAAGUCAGCGCAUCCUUUACCGUCGAUGGCUCGUUAAUCAACCAGGCAGCGUUUGAAGAAGUUAAACGUAAAGGGGUCGUUGGCAGUCAAGGUAAUGCGGCUGGUACGCUCGGUGGUGGAUCCGCCUCCAUCAGCGACAAAAGUCGUAAAAGUGGUGGAUUCUGGGGCGCUUUCAAGUGGAAUGCGAUAGAGGAGUCCAUAAGCGGUCUUCUAUCCAACAACGAACUCGAUGGUCUCCGUGAUAUGCGUGGCGUUACAUCGUCACGAUCGAUACCUUUAUUAUCCACUCCGCAGUCUCUUCUCUUUGUGGAUCUGCGACUGGCACCAGGAGAAGAACAGUCAUAUUCCUUCUCCUUCACUCUUCCCAAGGGGCUUCCUGCGAGUCAUAAGGGCAAAGCUAUCAAGAUAUCUUAUAAUCUAGUCAUAGGUACUCAAAGGCCGAGUGGGUCUAACGAACCUCAGCGCGUGAAUCGCAUCACUAUCCCCUUCCGUGUCUUCAGUGGAGUCAACAGUCAAGGAGAGAUCCUUGGGCAUAACCUGAUGAGCCCUUAUGUCAUUCUUCGAGACGAAGCCAGAGUCCAGAAAGUAGGCUCUACCUCCCCACCGCCAGUGUCAAAGAAUAAGAGCAUUAGCGGGCAUGUAUGGACGUCAGCGCCAGAAUUUCUUUCCUACGUAGAUGAACUCCUCGAGCAACAAUCUCGCAAAAAUUUACUGCAGCCACCAGACCUUGUCAGCGCAAGACGCUCCUCAAGUUAUGAAGCGUUGGCCGGUCCGCUUUCCUGCAAAGACGCAAUAGACUUGGCCAUCCUGCGAAGCAAUCAAGCCAUCAGUAAGGCGCGCAGUCCUAACCGGUUUGAAAUUGCCCGCAAUGGGCGUCGGAUCGCUGUGGUGGUGCUGAAUCGGCCAGCACAUCGACUGGGCGAAACCAUCACUGCCACAGUGAAUUUCACGGAUGUGGCACUCCCAUGCUACGCCCUGCGGGCCACACUGGAGUCGUUUGAGAAGGUCGCAUCCUCACUGGCAGUUCGGUCAAAUGCUAGCAUCCACCGAGCCACGCGACGUGUGCAUGCAUCCUUCUUCGAAAAUACGCUUUACUCCACUCGAGUUGUUUUCAGCCCUGCGGUGCCCGUCUCCGCAACGCCGACUAUCAUCACCACCGGAGUCAACCAUGAAUGGGAGUUACGAUUCGAGUUUGUUACUACCAGUUUGCACCAUGAGCUGGGGACGGGCCUUUCCGGUGCUAGGCUGCUUGAAGUGGUUUCCGAGGACGACCGUGGGCAGGUUAUGUCAGGCCUGGAGAACCUCGGUUGUGAGUCCUUUGAGAUCGCAAUCCCCGUCACGGUAUACGGGGAAACUGUUCGGGAGAGGCUCCCGGAAGAGAACGAGGGUUAUUCUAUCUAG